AGGACGUUAGCUGUGCGGGUGUAGCAUAGCGUAGCCCGUGCAAUCUCGACUCUCGUCGCCGCCGCACCGGCGCACCGCUUCACACCGGCGAGGCGACAGGCGAGUGCGACGAGUGUGUUUUGUGAUAACAGUGAUAAGAAUUUUCGCCGACAGAAAAAUUUGAUAGUGAUCAAGAAUUCACUGAAUUCAGUGAUUCAAAAUAUUCAAGAGUCAAGACUUGAGUGAUUCAAGACUACACUACAAAACUAAAGCUAAUAGUAAACAAAUUUUAUGUUUUUUUAAAAUUUGUGUGAGAACCAACUAUGAAAUGACAGCAAUGCAGAGAUAUGGGAGUCAUUUUUUCUCUCACAAUGGAAAUUCCAAUGUGUUAUUUCUUGGAUUUUCUCGUAUCAAUAAGUUGGAUAAAUGCGGUGGAAUUGCUGUCAAUGUAAAUGAUGAGAUUACGCUGUGUCGUACCAACAAUUUGACUGUAUCGAGUAACAGUGCCGAUGGACAUACCCCUAAACAGAUUUCAGCUUUGGAGAGAAAUCCUUUUGAAAGAGUCGUGAAUAUUUUGGGUGAUGCCGUUAUUGAAGUAAACAAAAAGAAGCAAUCGAGUUCAAAAGAGGAGAAGUGGAAAGCGCAAGGUUCGAGCAUUACCUUCAAUUACGAAGAUUUUCCAUCUUUAUGGCAAAAACGGACCAAUUAUUUAUCUCUUUACUCGAAGAAAAUAUUCGGUUUUGGGUACAGAGUGAUUGAUUGUAAAAAUUAUUCCACGAUUGGGAAGUUGACGAGAAAUUCUUUCGGCGUAGCUGAUAAUUUUAGAACCGAAUCAUCGACUACGAAUUCUAUUGAAGAACAAAAAAAUGAUGAAAAUAAACAGGCGAACGAGUAUGCCACUCGUUCUCACACAUGUGGAGAACUUUGCAUUGCCGAUUUGAAUAAAGAAGUUAAACUUUGCGGAUGGGUAGAAUUCGUUCGAAUGGAUAAAUUUAUCCUGCUACGAGAUGCAUACGGUACAACACAAGUUUUAACUAACAAACUUGCUGAUCACGAAUUGAACCUUGCUAAUUUGCAUAUAGAAUCCGUUAUCUGUGUGACAGGAAUUGUCGUGGCCAGACCAAAAUCUCAAAUAAAUGCUAAACAUUUCUGUCUUCAGAAACUUCCUACUGGUGAAAUAGAGGUUGAAGCUACAUCAGUACAAAUUUUAAACAGAUCAUUGCCCAAAAUGCCAUUUUUGAUUCGAGAUUACAACAAAGCCAAUAGUAAAAUUCUAAAUAGGUAUCGAUUUUUAGCUUUGCGUUUCCCUGAACUGCAGAACAAUCUUCGUUUAAGAUCGAAAAUGUUAUUCCAAAUGCGAAAUUUUUUAAUCGCUCAACGAAAUUUUGUAGAAGUAGAAACUCCUACGUUAUUCAAAAAGACCCCUGGGGGAGCUCAAGAGUUCAUCGUACCUACUCAAUUCAAAGACAGAUUUUAUUCUCUAGUACAAAGUCCUCAGCAACUGAAACAAUUACUCAUGGUGGGCUCAAUAGAUCGUUAUUUCCAAAUAGCUCGAUGUUAUAGAGAUGAAAAAACCAACCCUGAAAGACAACCAGAAUUUACACAGCUGGAUAUCGAAUUAUCAUUCACGUCUGUGGAAAAUAUAAUGAAAUUAACCGAAGAAAUUCUGAUUGCUUCGUGGCCGUCGAGCAAACCUCCCAUUUCAGCUCCGUUUCCUAAAAUUACUUAUGAAGAGGCUAUCGAAAAAUAUGGAUCAGAUAAACCAUGUUUACUGGGUGAAUUAUUGAUACAAAAUUUGAAAAACUGUGUUCGAAAAAAUUCCAAGCAAUUUGUGUACAUGUUUUCGGUUCCUAAAGCUGAAAAUUCGUACAAACGACUGAGACAACGUAUAGAUAAACUAGAAAGUAUCGAAUCCACCAAAAUAUAUGUGAUUAAAGUUGCCAGUAUAGAAAAAAUGCUACAAGAUUUGCAAAAGAUAUUUCCCGAUUUUGAGAGCGAAAUUCUUGAAAAUUCUAUUUCAGUAAAUAUUGGCGAUGUCAUUGUCUUAUCCAUUGGUUCUGAUAGAGAAAAUUUGGUUAAAGCUUUAGGGUGUUGUCGUCGUGAAGUAAUUAAUUAUCUGAAUUUACUCAAAAACGCAGAUGGUGAAAACGUGUAUAAUUUUACAUGGAUCGUGGAUUUCCCACUUUUCGAAAAAAAUGAAUUCGGGGAAUUGAAAUCUACUCAUCAUCCGUUUACCCAUCCUCAUCCUGAAGAUAAGCUUUUAUUCACCGAUAAUGAAGCGAUAAAAGCGCGAUCUCUUGCUUAUGAUUUAGUCUUGAAUGGUUCUGAAAUUGGCGGAGGAUCCAUACGUAUUCAUGAUGCUGAAUUGCAGAAAACAAUUUUUAAAAUACUAAAUUUAGAAGAAAAAGAUUUCAGUCACUUAUUGGAAGCUCUUGAAAUGGGAUGUCCACCUCAUGGUGGUAUAGCUUUAGGCCUUGAUCGUUUAUUCUCAAUAAUUUGUGGAUCAGAAUCAAUAAAAGAUGUGAUAGCGUUUCCAAAAGGUUGGGAAGGACAAGAUCUAAUGACCGGGUGCCCGAGCGAUGUUCCUAUUUCUGAUAAAAAACGUUACCAUAUUCUUUCAUAAAAUAAAUGUUCAUUGUAGAUUUCUAAAAAAAAUUUGAAUAAACUUACGAAAAUUGUA